GGAGGCCGCGCCGCGCGCGGCCCAACCCUCCCGGCCAGCGAAGACGGAACCUCCCAGGCGCCAGAUGGAACGGAAGCCGCCCGCCAGAAAUACGGACAAAGAAGCCGAGAAGUCUGGUGAAGCUCCCACCGAGUUCGACCCGGGGCAAGAACUGGCAGCCACGAAGAUUCAGAGUCGCGUCCGUGGCAAGCAUGCCAGGCGUGAGGUGGAAGACAAACGGCAAGCAGCACGGGCAGCAAGAGCCAGACAAGAUUCAGAGGAUGUGGAGGAGAUGGAUCCAAGCCCGAGCAGUGGCGGCUUUGACCGGGAGCAGGAACUGGCAGCUACCAAGAUUCAGAGUCGCAUCCGUGGCAAGCAUGCCAGGCGUGAGGUGGAAGACAAACGGCAAGCAGCACGGGCAGCAAGAGCCAGACAAGAUUCAGAGGAUGUGGAGGAGAUGGAUCCAAGCCCGAGCAGUGGCGGCUUUGACCGGGAGCAGGAACUGGCAGCUACCAAGAUUCAGAGUCGCAUCCGUGGAAAGCAAGCGAGGCGCGAAGUGGAGAAGAAGCGGCAAGCCGAGCCAGAAGCGCUUGCAGAGGAUGGGGAGGCUUCCGAUCAGAGCUUUGGCGCCCCAUCGCAUGAGCAAGAGCUAGCAGCCACGAAGAUCCAGAGCCAAGUGCGUGGCAAGCAAGCAAGGCGCGAGGUGCAGUUGAGGAAGCAAAAAACCUGGCUUCCGCUGGAUGAGACUCCGAGUGGCGUCUCUCCCAGUGACCGCGAGCAAGAGCUGGCGGCGACGAAGAUCCAAAGCCGAGUGCGCGGCAAGCAAGCCAGGCGUGAGGUCGAGAGAAGGAGGGAGGCACGGAGAAGCGAGUCGGAAGAGGAAGAGGAUGACGAUGAGAAGGUGGAUGAGGAGGAAGGUGGCUCGGCGAGUGAACGCGCUGCCGAGUCUGAAGGGGAGGCCUGA